GAGAGAAAACUGACAUAGAAACUUGUUGAAUGUAAAAACAACUCAGACUGCAUAGCAAGAUCACACAAGACAAGAAACAUGUUGUGCAUCGUGUGCAGACAGGGAUAUUAAUUUUCCACAGCCCAGAUUUUCAGGUUUCUAGACACUAAUGUAGCCAUUAUCUCUCGCCUUUAACACCGUUUGUCAGAGAUGUGUAGCUGCUUUCAAGGAGGGGGACAAUCGAGUGACAUCACAAACCAACCACUACGUUAGUGACUGAGUAGCGGUCAGUGAUGCCAGAACACGGCUACUAGACGACUGGGUGUGCAGCAGCCUGACCAGAGACUGAAGGACAAGCUGCAGACAACAGCCAGAAUGGGCAGUGCCCGCAGGCUGCUGGAGAUGAACGAGACGGCGAUACGUCACUCCGCAAACGUUACCGACGCAGGGCAUCUCUUGCACUCCACGUGCACGGUGGGAGCUGCUGUACCCGAGGACACCUCUCUCGACCCUUCCUUCUUUCUUCAGUUCGACUCACCGUCUCCUCCUCAGGUCUUCCCCCCGUGGGAGGUUGCGCUGAAAGUCACCUUCUACGUUAUCGCCUUUCUCUUGGACGUCGUGGGCAACGUCAUGGUGCUGCUCAUCAUCUCCCUCAACAAGCGCAUGCGCAGUGCUACCAACGUGCUGCUUCUGAACCUCGCCGUCUCCGACCUGAUGGUCGCAGCUUUCUGCAUGUGGGCCCACCUGGGCAACCAGAUUACCUCCAACUGGCCAUUUGGGCCCUUUGUGUGUAAAAUUAACACGUUCAUUCAAGUGACGUCAGUGACAGCAAGCGUUCUAACCUUGACCGCCAUCUCCUUGGAGCGCUUCAUGGCCAUCGUUUUCCCACUGAAAGCCAGGUGGACGUCUGCUGUCAACGUCGCCAGCAUCGUCACCACCUGGCUGUUGUCAGUGGCCGUGGCGUCGCCUCACCUGUUUGUGCGCCGCCAGUUCCAGCAGACAUGGCGAGACCGCCAAGAAGUGUGGUGCGAUGAGCAGUGGGCAAAAGAGUACAGAGAUAAAGAUUGCAACACCUGGGAACCGGGCAAGGUGGCCUACUACUCGGUGGAGGGCAUCGUGAUGUACUUCUUGCCCGUGCUCGUCAUGAUCAUCGCCUACACCAUCAUCGGUGUCAAGCUGCUCACACGUAAGGCUCCGGGAAUCCUCAUUACCUCCACGGCCUUCGCGCAGGAAAAGGCCAAACGAAAGGUGAUCAAAAUGCUGGUGGCCGUGCUGACUGCCUUCGUGGUGUGUUGGACGCCCCAACAGGUCAUGUUGCUGUGGGAUCUCUUCAGGCCGCGAGUAAAGGUACCUGACUACGUGAAAACAGUCAAGUACUCCGCUGUGUACGUGGCUUACUUCAACAGUGCGCUCAACCCCAUCCUCUAUGGUGGCUUUAACGACAACUUCCGGCGCGGCUUUCGAGAUGUCUUCCGCUGCCUCAGAAAGAACAAAGUUCAUCCAGAUCGUUUGGGCCUCGCUGGGGAACGCGGAAACACUCCUUGUUCGUCACGGGACCAAAUAUUUUCCGAAAGAAACAAACAAGAAGACAACACUGGCCAACAGCGUACAAAAGGGACGACAAUGAAUACAGCGACCUGGACCCCACCACCAAGUACAACGGAGAACAUUCUAAACAACAGCUCUAGUGAGACAUGUGGAAUUUCGUCGUCAUAAUAACAACAACCUCUAUACAAAACUUUCCUGCAUGUGCAAGAAGAAAUAAAUUUGCUUGGAAACUUUGUUGCUCACAAAGACACAAGGCCACCCCAAACACUCCUCCCCUAAGAACUCAUAGAAACUGGUCUCUGCCAGGAAGGAACCUGUAUCUAUGUUUGGUGACCGAUCAAGAGACGAUUGUAUUGCGUCCCAUCCUAGGCUAACAUGGAGUGGGGCUAGGCAAUAGAAACGUGGACCUGUUGGUGUUGAUGUCCCUCAAGAAGGGCUUCUCGAUCUAUCAUCCUAACUUUGUGAUACUUCAGGGCCUGGAAAUCAGCUACCAAGUCACUAACAUGUAUCCUAGCACAGUUAAACAUAACUGAACACAUCAUGGUACGAUACUGUGUUGUAUACGAUAAGGAAAAAUAUUUAUUUACAUGAAUAAAAUAGAACCACAUACACUUGAGGAGUCAAUCAUGGAGAAACGACGCCGGAUAAUAUUAUUGUCAUCAAGGUGUCAGGUCUGUACAUCCUUCAAGUUUCUCGUUUUAACUGGCAUCAAAUGAGUGGUGAAUUUAGAGAGCAGCCCUGAACUUAAAGUUGUCGACUCCAGGUGGACCGGCUAAUGGUGCAAGUCGUUUAUACUGUGAAUGGAUUGUACAAGGGACUUUUCUUGCUUUUGUAAUUGGAUUUUGAUAUGUCAAUCUAAGACGUGUGACAUAUGAAGGACCACCGAGGUCCUCUACCAUUCUUGAUACAAUCAGAAAUCUGUGCAUGUUGCAAAAUGCGAUAGAACAUCUCAAGGAGCAUUCAAUAAAACA